AAACCAAAUAAUUCAAGCUUCAGAUUUAUCCUCCGCUUAGUAACACACGUACACAACAAUGGCGUCACCUCUGCAAACACUGAUUGCUACAAUGGUUCUGCUAGGCCUGUUUUUUGGAUGUGCAGAGAAAGUGAGUGGAAUGCGUUACAUUCCCAAUUUCUUCACUGCCGGUGAGACAAAACACUCGGAGUUUCUUGUGAGCAUUGCACCCCAACCAUCUGGUCUCAUCCCUAGACUAGGAAGAUUCUUGCUGCCACCCCAACCUAAGAGGCCAUUCCAUCCUUACGACGAUCCAAUUGCUGCUGCUCCAGCCUCUUAUUGUGGAACCCCUAUUAGUUUUGCCCCACACCCUGGAAAUGAAGCUUCCGGUCCGAUCUCUAGAGAAGAAGAAGUUCCACCAGUGCCACAACCACUUGAACCAGUCAACAAAUAAGCAUUUGCUACAUGCAAAAGGGUCUACAAUCUUAGUAUUGUCAGAUUCCUUCUUCUGGUUUACACAACAAAUCUACUAUCCAGUCACUCUAUCUUUGUUAUCUAUUUCUCAAUAAAGAAAUAAUAUAAAAGUGAGUUGCUC